AUGGCACCGUUGAAAGCAAAGUAUUUGAACUCUCAUCCUCAUAAUAUAGGGCGGGCUAACCCUGUUCAGUUCGGCACGACCACAUCAGGUCGUCCCAAGUGGAAUUUGGCCUCGCAGCCGUCCACGGAUCCGACAAUCAUUGUGAAGCGGGUAGAAGCAUCUUAUCAAACUGGUAGGACAAGAUCUAUAGAAAUCUCGUGCCCGAAGCUUGGCUACCGGGACAUUAUCGAGAUGUCUGACAUAAUGGCCCCGGAAUUAAGUGAGGACAUCCGAUGGACAAUUGAAGACUUCUCACGACGGAACGUUCUUGACAGAGAAAGGGCUCUGAAGACUCUUCUUGCAGUCCGUACGGUCUGCGGGCAAUUCGUUAAAAUUCUUAAGCUCGACGCGCUUGUCGAGAAGCUAGUGAGCGACAUGGCGAAUCUCGCGUCGACGAUCAUAGUGCAAGUCGAAGACGACCUAUCUAGGAGAGAUUCGUUGUAUGAAUUUCCGUGGGAGAUUCUUGAGCAUCCAAGCUUUUGGCCCGAGGGCACCAGAUACGACGUCAAAAGUGCGAAAAGGCUCGGUUUCGAGAUUUACGUGAAGAGAAAGGCAAUUGCGACAAGACUACCCUCGUCGGCGCGCAGACCUAGACGAGAUGAAGGUGUCUACAAAUUUGAAGUCUCUAUAUCGCUAGAUUCUGUGAAGGACUCUGCUCCAAGUUACAAUAUCUUAAUUGUUUCAAACAGGGAUUCGAACGAUCAGGAUGAUCAGGACAGUCAUUUCAUGAUUGCCAGACCACUCUACGCCGCGAUUUCUGGUAUUGACGAGAACAUUCACGUCAAUAUCGAAGUUUGUCGGCCAGGCUCAUGGGAUGCAUUUUCAAAGCAUUUGCAAUGUAGGCGGAGAGGAUACUGGAAUGUGGUGCACAUAGACCUACCUGUCGGACAAAGUUUCUUCCAUUUCCACGACGGAAAUUUUGGCGAUUACGAUCCCGUGCCAGAUUAUGAAGUUGCAGAACUCCUCUGCAAACACGACGUCCGUACUGUGUUCCUGACAUGUAACGAGGCCAGGAUAAACUCGACCACUCCGUCCACUCGCUUGGCCGCUGCCUUCGUUGCGGAGAACAUCCCCAUCGUGGCCUCCGCUCCGUUCCGCCUUCCUAAAAUCUAUCUCAUGUUAAUGAGCAGUGCCUUCUAUCAGUCUAUCCUACUGCUGCACCGUAAAGGCCCUUCCUAUGCCGCGCACGUGGCGCGAAAAGCGAUGCAGUCACAGGACAUCGAUCAUCUUGGACGAUAUCACAUUCCCGUCAGGAACACAAUCGAGGGUGUCGGCCUAAUUGUCUACGACAAUGGAAAUACAGACGGACUAGACGCUCGACGAUUUUGCUAUCCUACGACCGAAAAGACGCCUCGUAGAUUUGGUUCUGUCAACUACCAGGACGUGUGGCUGUUUGGCCGAGAUCUGGAUGUGAUGCGCCUCGAGAAUCAAUUACUUUCAAAUCCAGAUACUUCCAACAUCUUGUGGUUGACGGGUAAAAGGUCCGUGGGCAAGUCCGCGCUCCUCUCCUAUCUUACCUUCUGGUGGGCUCUCACAAAGUUCGUCGAAACGAGUGUCUAUAUCGACCUCGGCCAAUGUCUGGAUAGCUUCGACGGUGUCCUGGCACAGUUUGCCACUGUACUUCCGCAAGUAGGACUCGGUGAAGCGUACGCAGAGAAGUAUCUGAAUGAUUUGAAAACAAGUAGCGAUAUCAAACGUACAAGGAUCUACAAAGAUCUGAUCAAACUUUUGAGGGACCAUAGAAUUUAUCUGUACUUUGAAAAUAUCGACCAUUGGCGUCCAAGAAGCCUGGAGAAGUCGCCUCGAAACGAGGAGAUGUGGGCAACCCAGAAGAAGCUCUUUCUGGAAUUUAUAGAGCAGUUGAGGGGUGGUCGGAGUUUUGCCGUCCUUGAGUGCCCGUACAACGAUCAGCGAAUCCGAGGAAGUAAUGCAGUUUUUGAUCUCAAAUCUUUGAAGAAUCAUGACGUCCAGCAGAUGUUUGGAAUCACGGAAUGGGAUAGAUGGGUCGAAGGCACAAGCAACAUCUUGAUUCGGCAGUCCAACUUCCAGCGAGAGAAAUCACGCGAAAUAACUGAAUUUUAUGACGCCAUUUUGGACUGCUCUCAAGGCCUCAUGGCAGCUAAACAAAAUUUUGUGUACAAUUUACCCUUCAAUCCCGAGCAACGAACAAGAGAUGUAUUUGUACUAUUGCACACGAACCAUCCCGGUACUGCAGGACCAUACAAUAUGGAAGCAAACGCCUCGGUGGCGCUUAUCGAGCAGCUUUACGAUCUCGUAAUUAGGGAUCGUGACGAUAUCGAAGACAAGAACCCUGAAGCAAACAUGAAUGUCCUACGGCUAAUGUUCGCAUUAAGCACUUUCUUCGAGCGUAUACCGAAAGACAUCAAAUUCUACCUUGUACUCCUGUGGUACUACGGUAUCUUCACGCCUGAAUGGAGCUUACCUGGAAAACCGUAUGAUUAUGAGAACGAAGAAACGCAAACCUUGGUGACCGAGAAUGAUCUUAAGGAAGCAGUCGUGGCACUAGAGGACUCGACAAUCAACAGGGAAUGGGAUCAUCUGCUCCGACAUCUCAUCAAAUACGACUUUGUCUCGCCAGACCCUGAUCAUGAAGAAGAUUAUUAUCUUUUGAACCCGACUGUAACGUUUUGCAUGCGCAAAAUUGUUUACGCGAGCCACGGCCCUCUUACCUCACCCAUUCUGCCUCUCGCAAUUCGCCUCGCUUCGCAAGACUACUACAUUCACCGUUUUCAAACUGUGAACUACGCCGCUCAAAAUGGCAAUUGAGGCGAUGGCGGCAAGUGACAAUCGCAUUUCUCUUUAUAUCGCGGAACAUGUCACAAAGGCUUUUGACUCAUGGACGACAUCACCUACCGUCGCAGCUGAGACGUUCGAUACGGUCGAAUUCUACGAAUUCUGGCGCGUCGCCUAUAUGUGCGGUCAUCAAAUGGCUAUUUAUCACAACGAAAUGUCAAAUUUGGCAGACGCAUUUAACACCUCUGUGCUCUUCAUGAAAAGAUGUAAAGCGUUUGGCUUAAGAUACGACGAGACGAGAAAGGAAGACGAUGGUAUGAUGGCAUACGACGAACACUUGAAGAAUGCGGAGGAGGUGAGACAAGAAUUGAUCAACAUG